AAUGGAUUUCGCAGUGUGCUGAGGUCAUUCCACAAAGAUGAUUGUUUUUAGCGCGUUUCUCGCUCUGCUGCUCGCCGACAGCGUUCUCUGUUAUGGAUUUUCGAAGAAUCCCGCUGUUAUUCAACUGACGGAGCCGUUGGAGCACGGGGAAGGACCCACGUGGGAUCCGAGGACGGGUCUUCUCUACUUCGUGGACAUCAAAGAGGGUCGCGUUUACAGUUACAACCCUGAGACGGAGGAAAGUUAUUACGUUCAUUUAGAUGGAACCGUUUCUCCUUUGGUGCAGUGCGAAGGAGAUCCGCACAGAUUCGUGGUUGGCGUCAACAGAUCGGUGAUCUCGAUGGAAUGGGAUGGAAAGCAUCAGAUCAAGUGCAAGAAACUGUUGACGACGGUUGCCGAGGACAUUCCCAGCAGCAGAUUCAACGAUGGCAAGGCCGACAGUCGAGGGCGGCUUUGGUUCGGGACUAUUGGGUACGAGAAUUCGUCUGGUGUUAUCCCCGACGACGCGUCCCUUUUCCUCAUCACCAAGGAGACGCUGAAACAUCCGAAGGCUGCCGUGAAGCCCGUCACCGUUAGCAACGGCUUAGCCUGGAGCAAGGCCAACGAUAGGUUCUUCUACAUCGACACGCCCACGUAUCAGAUAGUCGAGUACGACUAUGACGAUGCGUCCGGUGCCAUCUCGAACCGUCGCGUCGGAAUCGAUCUGAAGAAUCUGGGUGCGUCGGCGCUUCCUGAUGGAAUGACCAUCGACGAGGAUGAUAACCUUUGGGUGGCGCUCCAUGGGGCCGGAUCGGUGCUGCAGAUCGAUUCGCGCACCUGGAGGAUCCUCAGGAGGAUCGCCAUUCCCGGACGGUACGUCACUUCGGUGAUGUUCGGAGGUCGUGACUUGGAGGUGCUCUUCGUGACCACUUCGAGGGUACAGAUGAACGCCGAGCAACGUCUUCAGCAGCCUGCAGCUGGAAGCCUCUUCGCCGUCACCAAUUUGGGGACGAGGGGAGUCCCAGUUUUCGAAGCCACAGUUUGUUGAAUUAACAAAAAAAAAAACAAUAUUAAACAAUG